AUGGGGAAAGUGGCUAAGAUAGCGAAGAUUUCCGGGAAAAAAGUGGAGGCACAGAUGGUGGAGAAACAGGAAUUGCUGUUCGGCUACAUGAAGGAGGUUCAGGAGGCUCAGGGGGCUCAAAACCAGUCAUCGAGCCAGUCCAGCACCGGCAGUGGGGCAGGAGAUGGAGUCGAGGAAGAAGAAAUUAAUAUGGAGGAAGGGGGGCUUGAAGCCUUCUUUGGGGGGAUUUAG